AUGGUCCCAUUCAUUUCUCAACCCUUAAAUGCAAUCGCAUCUGCCUCCAUCGAAUAUAUAGUAUCAACAAUCAAAAUGUCUCAAUCCCUCCGCUUCCUCACCCUCGACGUCUUCACCACCACCCCCUACUCCGGCAACCCGCUGGGCGUGGUCUUCCUCCCCACCAACAACACCAUCACACAAUCCCAAAAACAAACUAUCGCCCGCGAAUUCAACCUCUCUGAAACCAUUUUCAUCCAUCCCACAGACCCCGCCACCCCCUCCGUCCGCAAAAUCGACAUCUUCACUACAGACGAAGAACUCCCCUUCGCCGGCCACCCCACCAUCGGCGCAGUCUCCUGGUUCCUGCAGCAUUCUCCGGAAGAGUCCGACAGGAAAGAUGUCACGACUCUUCUCACGAAAGCCGGUCCAUUCGCCAUUUCUCGCGUAUCGCCUUCAUCAGAUGGCGGCGUAGUGGCCGCUCAAAUCGCACACAACGUGCACAUUCACUCCUCGCGGUUCCCGCUGUCAGAGAUGCUGAGAUUGCAUCCUUCUCUGACCCCUUUCCUCUCCAAGGAGAAGCAUGCUAGUUUCCCCGUCUUCUCCAUCGUCAAAGGCAUGAGCCAGGUCUUGGUUGAAUUGCCCAGCUUGGAGGCGCUGGCUGCCACGGAAGCCCCCGUGAGCGGGGAAGUCAUUCCCUGCAAAUCUGUCUCGCAAGGCGGAUACCUCGAUGAGGGGUGGGAAGGUGCUGGUCUGAUUGUCGUUUACUUCUAUGUUCCUGGGGUUCAUGAUGAGGCGACAGGGAAGAAGGUCAUCCGGUCGAGGAUGUUGUUGAGGAACUUUGAGGACCCGGCGACGGGCAGUGCGGCCAGUGGAUUGUCGAGUUAUUUGGCUCUUACUAAUGCUGGUGAGGGGAAGGUCGAGUAUGAUAUUGUGCAGGGAGUGGAGAUGGGAAGGAGAUCGGAUAUCAGUGUUGCUGUUAGUACGAAUAGUACUGGUGGUGAGAAGAAGAUUGAGACGGUGGAGUUAAGGGGAAGUGCGGUGCGGGUUAUGAGUGGGGAGUUGGUUGUUUGA